AUCCUUGCACCGAUUUGAGCUAUGAACUUUUGGUGGACAAAGGCAAGGAAAAAGAGCCAAGAGAAGGACAUAAAAAAAGGAUCUUUACGUUUUGCUAGCUGAUUCAUGUGUCACCAAUUACCAAAUACUGGUAGGUCGUCAGUGUUGUUAAAUGGAAUUGAGAUAAUGAAACUAUGGUCACACUGGACAUCACGGCCGGCCGAUAAAAACAGAAACAGAAAAGAAACAACAAAAAUCAAAAAUCAUGUCAAACGACGAGGAUAUAUUGUAUAUGGUAAAACAGGCACAAACACUACGCAAAAUAGAUCCAUGCGGAGCUAAAGCAUGGAUUCUAACUGCUCAGACACUAUAUCCCAAUGCAUUCAAUAUACAAUACGAGGCAUAUCUAUUGGAACGUGAUGGCAAAAACUAUGAACAGGCGGCCAAGUAUUUUAGUAUCAUAGCUGCAAAUUUUCCGAAUCAGCAUGCCGAAUUAUGGCAGGAGAUCAAUUUCCUAACCAAUGCCCUUCGAAAUGAGAAUGAAAAUAGUCCCGAACAGGAAUAUUAUGUGAAUUUGUAUAAACAUUUGACACCCGAAGUGCAGCAUAAUAUAUUUAUGCAUACGAUAAACAAUUGCGGGGAUAAUCUCGAGCAAUGUAUUUACAUUUACAUAUUGAUGUUUAACAAAUUUCCCAAAACGGCUGCGACACAAGCUCCACGAUUACUUGAAAUGCUGGCCGAGGGUAUGAAAACUGAUCCGGAUUUAUAUCAACGCAUAUUGGUGGAAGAAGUACUGCCAAUGAUACAACAUAAGCCGCCCGAAUUGUCACCACUCUUGGCCUGCCGUUUGUAUACCAAUUCUUUGGAAUAUUAUCUUAGGCAAAUAAUGGACGAUAAUAGCGAUUCUAGCGAUGCAUGGAAGAAUAUAUUUAAAGUUUUAAUGAUCUGUGGACAAAUGAUGGGCUGGGAGCCAUUCCUGCCGUUCAGUAAACAUGUCAGCCAGAAUGUCUAUUGGGAGAAGCUGGUCGAUAUAUUAUCAGCCAGUCCGGCAGGUAGCUCCCAGGUUCUAUUCUAUGCCACCACAUUGUUCAUUUAUUCCUUGCAUGGUUAUAUACGCAAUUGUCGCCUAAAGAUCGAUGAUACUGAAAUCAGUCAUGUCUUGGUUGAGGGUUUCAUGGAAUGGUCAGCCGAAGAAGUGGACAGAACAAGUGAGGUGCAAACAAUGGAGCCACCAAAAUUCUCAUUGACCACAUCGAUAAGUCCGGAGCUAUCGAAAGCCUUUCUGCAUGCCGCCCAAUGUUGGCAACUCCUCAAUACGGAUCAAUUUCAAAGGGAUUUCAGUCAAUUAAUGUUGGCCCUACCAUUGGCGCCAUGGAUAUCACGUUUCCUUUUCGAUUUGGCCAUCUAUUUUGGUCAUCGGGAUGAGGCCAAUAAACUGAUGGCCGAGAUGACCACAGAGUCGUCGUUAGUGCAAAGUUUGCAGAUUCUAAGUUUGAAUCUUAUGCAGGGCAGUAUGACGCUCCAAGGUUUUCAAUGUAUACUCAAAAUUCUGGGUGAAUUGCCUCCCACACAUGGCCAGCAAUUGGAUAAUAUGACUUUGAAGGGUCAUCGCCAUAUGAUAUUCCUACCCCUGACCCGUAGUGCUCUUGUCCAGUACUGCACGCGUGCGAUCAUCAGUCGGAUUAGUCGAAAGCUCUUCGAACCUCCUUGUUCAGAUCGUCUGCUUGGUGAUCUAUUGGUUUUACUUCAAAUCAAUCUACUCGAUGAUGUUCCACUUAUUCAGCAAAUCUUCAAUCUGAUCAAUCAGCGUAAAACCUUCAAUAUGCGCACUCUCUCCAAUUACAUUAUAACCAUUGAUAUAAUGGAGGAAUUGAAUUUCAUGUGGAACGCCCAGCAAGAUGAAACGAAUUUUGAAUUAACUGGUUCACCCACAGAAUCGGCAAAUGCAAAUGCAAAUGCUGCUGCUGCCGUUGUUGCUCCUGCACCACCUGGAAAUGAAGCCCCACCCGCCGUUGUAGGUUCUUCCCCUGGCGGAAGUGCAACUCCGUUAAUUGUUGGUGCCGUACCACCCCAGCCGCGUCGCAUUGGGACACGUGGUGCCGACAAAGGAGCUCGGGAUGAAUUCAAAGCCUUGAUCCGUCAACAGAUUUCCAGAUGCAAUGAGAAUAUCAUCACUUUGUUGGCAAAUUUCAUAACUCAAGAACAAUUGACAUUGGGUCAGUAUAUCUUUGGCAUUCCACAGCCUCCACCCAUAGAGACAAUAGUCAUUAAAUAGUUAAUAGAAAUUUGUAUAUUGAUAUAUGUAUUAAUUAAGAUAUGACCAACAUUUGGUCUUUCUGCAAAGCAUUUGUAAAGAAUUUUUUACGUUUUAGUUCAUAGCAAUCGUUUGAAUGUUCUAAGUGUUUGUCAAAAACUGAAACUGAAUGAGAUGCAGGUAUUUUCUAUCUAGAAUGUGUUUAUAUUAUCUGUAUCAACUGGGUAUACUAUAUAAUAUUUAUCCUUUUAAAAGACUUUAUGGGCAUCAAAUUCUAUAGGUUUGAUCUCUAAUAUUUUAAAAAUUAGUUUUGUCCAAAGUGUUCAGCCAUAGAAUCAAGAGAUUAGCCAAUAGAGAAACUCUUCUUGUUACUAUAAUGGAUCUAAUGGAUCCAGGUCAUGUCACGAUUUUCGUCUUUUUAGAGGCACGAAUUAACUUAUCCUUUUUCAAAGUUGGAAAUACUACUAAAAUAAACUCACAAGAUCUGGCAUUGUCUCACAGAUUAUCCCUUUGAAUAUCCUGAAUGAAUUGUAAUAUAAUUUAAAAAUUCCAUAAUACACUUUCAAUUUGACUAGAAUA